AUGCACCGGUUCAGGUGGAUGCGGAAUACGCCGCUCAGGCGUUAUGCCCAGUUGGGUAGCCAAUUGGGGGGUAAAGUGGGCACAAAAGUUAGCGGCAAAACGGAUUGCGCAAUGAACGCCUCCCCUCUCUGUAGACAUUUCUCCAGUAGCGAAAGUGCCAACCUUAAGAAAAACCCAGCGACGACAUCCAAAGGUACAGAUUCCACCGCCGCAAGUAAAAGAGAAAAUAAAGGAAGUAGCACCAGGAUGGGAAAAAUAUCGCAAGUUAUAGGAGCCGUGGUGGAUGUUGAAUUUGAGGACACCCCUCCGUCCAUUUUAAAUGCACUUGAAACAGAUCUGGACGAUAAAAAAAUAAUUCUAGAAGUUGCGCAACAUUUAGGAAAUAAGGUAGUGAGAACGAUAGCCAUGGAUGCAACGGAUGGAUUGGUGAGAGGACAGAAAGUUGUAGAUAGUGGUAGGCCAAUAUCAGUACCGGUAGGGAAAGAAACUCUGGGUAGGAUAAUGAACGUGAUUGGAGAACCUAUAGAUGAAUGCGGAGACAUUAAAUGCAAAAAAACCUUACCCAUUCAUAGAGAACCACCAUUAUUCACAGACCAGAGUACCGAACCUGCACUCCUAAUUACAGGCAUUAAGGUAGUCGAUCUGAUCGCACCAUAUGCUAAGGGGGGUAAAAUUGGUUUAUUCGGGGGAGCAGGAGUGGGGAAAACUGUAUUAAUUAUGGAGUUAAUUAAUAACGUAGCGAAAAAACAUGGUGGAUAUUCUGUGUUUGCUGGAGUAGGUGAAAGAACAAGAGAAGGGAAUGAUCUGUACCAUGAGAUGAUAACAACUGGAGUUAUUAAAAAAAAAAAAAUUGGAAAUGGAGAAUAUGAUUUUAAUGGAUCAAAAGCUGCUUUGGUAUAUGGUCAGAUGAAUGAACCUCCAGGAGCUCGUGCAAGAGUUGCCCUCACUGGUUUAACUGUGGCCGAAUAUUUCAGAGAUGAAGAAAACCAAGAUGUGUUACUUUUUGUAGAUAAUAUAUAUAGAUUUACACAGGCAGGUUCGGAAGUGUCAGCUUUGUUAGGUCGUAUACCUUCAGCUGUUGGAUACCAACCCACGUUAUCCACUGAUUUAGGAGCUCUACAGGAAAGAAUUACCACCACGAAAAAUGGAUCCAUUACAUCUGUUCAGGCUGUGUAUGUACCUGCAGAUGAUUUAACAGAUCCUGCACCUGCAACGACCUUUUCUCAUCUGGAUGCAACGACCGUUUUGUCUAGAUCCAUAGCUGAGUUAGGUAUUUACCCUGCUGUCGACCCUUUGGAUUCCACCUCCCGUAUGUUAACACCAGAUAUUGUUGGUGCAGAGCAGUACGAAGUCGCUAGAAAUGUACAACAAAUCUUACAGGAUUAUAAAUCAUUACAGGAUAUCAUUGCCAUUUUAGGUAUAGACGAACUCUCCGAACAGGAUAAACUAACCGUCGCCAGGGCAAGAAAGGUGCAGAGAUUUUUGUCUCAACCUUUCGCUGUGGCUGAAGUAUUUACGGGUAAGCCCGGUAGAUUCGUAGAGUUGGAAGACACCAUCAAAGGAUUUUCGGAGUUGCUCAAGGGCAACUGUGACGACCUACCCGAAAUGGCCUUCUAUAUGGUGGGCGACCUGGAGGAAGUGAAAUCCAAGGCGGUGGAAAUGGCCAAGCAGGUUUCGUGA